UCUCCGCCCCUCAGUACCAGGGCGCGCGAUCUGCUCAAGACGGCCCUGUUCAGAACCACACCACACCUAGGUUCACAAACACACAUACACAACACAACUAUGUUGUGCAUGCAUAAAGGAUAUUCGUUCGUUUAUAAAGCCCCAAAUAAGAGCUGUUUCUCAUCCACAAUUUGUCUCUAUGUAUUCAAAAGGCUCAACGAGUCCAAAAGGGAGCUUGCUGCAGUUCCACAACAAGGAUUUCCGGAAUAAUCAUCCUGCUUCGCCCAUCUGGGCUUCGUCAGUGGUACAAGUUUCUACAUAAUAUAAAUGAAUACAAUAUGGCAUUUUAAUAUCGUUUAAACAAAUAAUACACACAAUAAGAACAAUUACACACAGUGCACAUACCAUAUAAUGUACAUCGAAAUCAUGGCUCUCAUGACUAGUAGUUGCUUGCAUCAAGUAACAAAGUGUAGUAUCAGAUUAUAUAGAAAGGUACAUCCUUAAUGUUAGUACAGGUGAUGGCAAUCUACAGAUCCAGAGUUGUCUUCUUAAAGUGCCCCAUACAGCAUAACUGAUAUAAAACAAACUACAUCCAUGCACCAGUAUUAAACAUAUAUGAUAACUCAUAAGAAACAACUGUAAUCAGUUUUGGUAUUCAAGCCUGAGGGAUGUAAGGAAUCAAGUAGGAAAAUGAGUCUAGUCUCUUUCUGCAUGAGGACCUUUUUAGCCUGUUCUGUAGGCCCCAAAUGACAAAAAAUGUUAUGUCCUCAUUAGGGUUGCCAGACUCAAUAGUGGACAGGACUUCUGUGCCUUUAAUUGCCCUGCUCUCUUUUGAGUCUGGAAACCUUAAAGAGAAACCAGCAGACCCUUUGUUUAAUUUCCAACUUUCAUCUAUGUAGCCCAAGGACACAGCUUCGUUUAAAAUUACCUGUAAUUUAUUCUUCACUGCCGUAGUAGGGUCAUGAGGUAUAGAUGUGUAAAAGUUUGAAUUGCCUAACUGUUUCUCUGCUUCCUUGAUGUACUCACACUUAUUCAUUAGUACGAUAGCUCCCCCUGUGUCUGCUGGUUUGAUAACUAUGUUUUUGUCGGGAGUAAAUUCAUUCAGGAUUAGUGAAUCUUGCUUACUUAAAUUAUACCCGGUGCAACUGGACUUCUCCGCGACCCUUCCCCUCUGCAGGGAGGUGGGACCGAUUCGGAUGGUCCGCCCCCACCACCUAAUGGAUCCAAAUGGUUUCCAGAGAGUGGUAGGGGAUGCUUUAUCCCAUGUUGAUGGCCUCUCAGCCGAUUCCCUGGUGGCCCGCUGGAAUGGGGAGUUAACCAGGGCUCUUUGGCUCGCCAGAGUGGUGCAUGCUCUUCGCUAUGAGAAGCCAAGUUACAGGGAACCAGGCAGAGGGCUUUCUCGGUAGUUUCUUCUUUUCUCUAAUAUUGAAGUCACGAUGUACUAAAUGCUGAAAGGUUCUGACGAGGUGAUUAUGAGAAACCAGAAUGAAGGUAGAUUUGCGUUUAAACGGUUCCAGUGUCCAAGGGGUAUUGCCAAAAUAAUCCCUCAAUUUAAUCUGACGAAUGAGUUUAAAUAAAUCAAUCCUGGUUUGGAAAGCUGAAUACUUGGGUAUAGGGACAAAGCCUAGCCCUAAAUUUAAUACUCGAGACUCCUCUGGUUUUAAUAUCCUGUCAGUUAAAUUAACCACUAAGGUGGUGUCAUAAUAUUCUGGGACUACUUCCUCUGGUAAGGGCGUCUGGUGUGCCGUUGGGAAAAAGACUGGUAAGUCUGAUCAGAUCUAAGCCUAAGUUCCCUGUCUUCAUCCGAUCCAUUAAUACUGGAAAGGCUAGAGUGCUCAUAAUCAGUAGGAGUGGUAGAAAGUGGCAACAUUUCGGAUCUGUUAGAUUGUCUGUGAACUAGUCCUGAAGAGUUCAGCCAUCCAUACACUUUGCCUGUGGAAUAAUCAUUCCGAUCUCUGUUCAGCUUCUUUUUCUUAAAACUACCUAGUUCAUUGGAGAAUUUUUAAAUAUCCUGAUCCAACUUUAAAGUAAGUUUAUCAAAAUCCUCCUUGUUGUAUUUAAUUUUUGCUUUGCCGUUCUUUAUAUGUUGAUUUCAUAUGAAAAUACCUUUGAAACUGUAUAAUAUAUACUGAAGAAUAUCAUUAAUGCAUAGCCGGUUACGUUGUGUUGUGUGUGUGUCUGUGUCUUUCAGAGGCAUGCCUGGUCUGGAAUAGAAACUCCUCUAUCUGGUUGGGAGUGGUUUCAUCCAAAGGUCAUUGGAAACUUCAUCUUAUCAAUGUAUGAAGUACAUGCUAUGCUGAGUUGCUGAUCUGCUGACAGAAAAAUAUACCCGCUGAAGUUUCCCUCAUCCCUCCUGCUUCCUGAUAUUACUGCAGACUCUUUCCAAGGUUUCCUCACACAUUGUGAGUCGAGGAUCCGCCACCCGCUUGAAGAUAAGGAAGACACAAGGACACAAAGUAUUAAGUAUCACCAAUGCCUUAUUUCAAAUACAAGGGGAUCCUAUUUACUACAGAGUUUUGCCUAGAGGAAACACUCAGCUAUGUGGAAAACGACUUCCAACUGUUGGAUGAUGAUAUAGUGAACGUCACUUACCCCAAGUCAGGUACCCACUGGAUGGCAGAGGUCUUGAGCUUAAUCUUGAGCCAUGGGGACCCCUCAUGGGUUCAGAAUGUACCACUGUGGGAAAGGGCACCCUGGAUUGAGAUAGCUGAUCAAUUGCAAAUGGCCUUGGAAAAUCCUCCCCCCAGACUCCUGUCUACCCACCUGCCAUUCCAGCUUUUCCCCAAGUCCUUCCUCCACUCCAAGGCCAAGGUAGUCUAUACUCUGCGUAACCCUAGAGAUGUGAUGGUUUCAAGCUACCACUUUUUCAAAGGCUUUAAAGAAUUGAAGGACCCUGGAACUGUGGAAGAGUUUAUGGAGAGUUUCCUGAGUGGGGAAGUGGUUUAUGGUUCCUGGUUUGACCAUGUGAAAGGCUGGGUGGAGAUGAAGGAGAGAGCCAACAUCUUCUUCAUCACCUAUGAAGAACUACAGCAGGACCUUCGAGGCAGCGUGCAGAAGAUCUGUCAUUUUCUUGGCAAAGAGCUGAACAGCCAACAAAUAGAGUCUGUGGUGGAAAACGCCUCCUUCCAGAAGAUGAAGGACAAUAAGAUGUCCAACUUUUCUUUAAUACCAGAGAGCGUUUUUGACCACACAAAAGCAAAGUUCAUGAGGAAAGGGAUCUCUGGGGACUGGAAGAACCUCCUGACAGUGGCACAGAGCGAACGCUUUGACGAUGCCUAUCAGGAGAGCAUGCGUGGUGUGAAUAUGACCUUCCCUUGGGAACGAAUCACAGGACGUAGUUCCUGCUGUUCUCCACCUUCACAUUCUUAUGUUUGAUAUGGUUUGGGUACCUUCUGCUAAAUAAACAGAUACUUG